UAGCAAAGGCCAUUUAAUUUACACAACGAACUUCACAUCAAUUGAGAAUUAUAUAACUCACAUUACUUUCUCAUUCAGAAGCAGGAUCUUAGCUAGAGAAAAAGAGUGCAUUAUUCACCAUUAUAGCUGUGGUUUCAUUUUCAAGUUGACACUACCAUGGACCAAAACAACCCAAGGGUUGUCUCUUCAUUGUCUAUACUUGCAUGUCUGUUGAUUAUCACCACCUGGAGCAAUGUUGCUCCAAAAGCUGAGGCACGAGCAUUUUUUGUUUUCGGCGAUUCGCUCGUUGACAACGGCAACAACAACUACCUCGCCACCACUGCUCGUGCAGACGCGUACCCUUAUGGAAUUGAUUCUGCAUCUCAUAGAGCCUCCGGUCGUUUCUCCAAUGGCCUCAACAUGCCUGACCUUAUAAGUGAGAAAAUUGGCUCAGAACCCACAUUACCAUACUUGAGUCCUGAGCUGGAUGGUGAGAAGCUACUUAAUGGUGCCAACUUUGCUUCAGCUGGUAUAGGAAUUCUCAAUGACACCGGAGUCCAAUUCAUAAACAUAAUCCGAAUUGGUGCCCAAUUGGGGUACUUCAGACAGUAUCAGCAGAGGGUGAGUGCACUGAUUGGAGAAAAAGAGGCUCAGAAUUUAGUGAACCAAGCACUUGUGCUGAUAACUUUAGGUGGCAAUGACUUUGUCAACAACUAUUACGUAAUUCCAUUCUCUGCUAGAUCUCGUGAAUAUGCACUUCCUGACUACGUUGUCUUCCUCAUCUCAGAGUAUCGCAAAAUUCUUGUGAACCUGUAUGAAUUGGGAGCACGACGGGUGCUUGUCACCGGCACCGGACCAUUAGGUUGUGUGCCAGCAGAAUUGGCCCUGCACAGCAGAAAUGGGGAAUGUGCUGUAGAACUGCAACGCGCUGUUAACUUGUUCAAUCCUCAACUUGUCCAGUUGAUCAACCAGCUCAACACUGAAACUGGUUCUCAUGUCUUCAUUUCUGCUAAUGCCUUUGCCAUGCAUUUGGAUUUCGUCAAUGAUCCCCAAGCAUAUGGAUUUGUUACAUCAAAAGUAGCAUGUUGUGGUCAAGGAGCGUACAAUGGAAUUGGACUCUGCACUCCAGCCUCUAAUUUGUGCCCAAACAGGGAUUUAUUUGCAUUUUGGGACCCCUUCCAUCCAUCUGAGAGAGCAAAUAGACUUAUCGUAGAUAAAUUCAUGACUGGAUCCACUGAAUACAUGAACCCAAUGAACCUUAGCACAAUUAUGGCCUUAGAUUCUAGGACCUAAUUAAUGCUUCAUCACUAAGAUGGAGCCCUUGUUUACUUAAUUGUACUCCUAAUCUCUGCAAGAUAUUGUUGUUCUUGAAUGAUUAUAAGCAAGUGUUUGGUCUUGCCGUAACAUGAAUUCUGAAGCUUGUUUAACUGAAAAUUUUCUGUUUGAGUU